AUGCCCCCGGUAUUGGUGAAGAUAGACAAGGAUGAGAUUAAUGUGGUACAGCCCGUGAAAUCUGAAACGGUUAUCAUAGUUACAGAAGAGGUAAAACAAACUGAUGCUAGAAGAUGGGAAGAGGUGAUCAAGGUCACGAAUGAGGAUGGAAGUAUUGUUCAAACCACUACACCGGACCACUUGAUCAUGAUCAAGAAGGAGAAGGCAAAACCGGUGCAGCCCUCGAAACGCAAGCAAUCUCACAAUGUAAAGAGGUUGGCAAGUGCUGGUCUUCAGGUGGAUUCAGUGCUAAGGACCAAAACAGGACAUUUGAAAGAGUAUUAUAAUUUGGGGCACAAACUUGGACACGGGCAGUAUGGAACGACUUUUCUUUGCGUGGAGAAAGAAACACAAAAAGAAUAUGCAUGUAAAUCCAUUGCAAAGAGAAAAUUGUUAACUAUGGACGAUGUUGAGGAUGUGAGGAGAGAAAUUGAGAUCAUGUAUCAUUUAUCUGGGCAUCCUAAUAUCAUUUCUAUUAAAGGGGCUUAUGAGGAUUCUGUGGCUGUUCAUGUUGUCAUGGAAUUGUGUGCAGGAGGUGAGUUGUUUGAUAGAAUUGUUAAGCAGGGGCAUUAUUCAGAGAAAAAGGCAGCUGAGCUUACUAGGACAAUAGUUGGUGUAAUAGAAUCAUGCCAUUCUUUGGGGGUCAUGCACGGAGACCUCAAACCCGAGAAUUUUCUCUUUGUGAACGAGGAUGAGGAUUCGCCCAUAAAGACUAUAGAUUUUGGAUUAUCGGUGUUCUUCAAACCAGGUCAAUUUUUCACUGAUGUGGUUGGGAGCCCUUAUUAUGUUGCUCCGGAAGUGCUUCGCAAGUGUUAUGGACCAGAGGCAGAUGUAUGGAGCGCAGGUGUGAUUAUUUAUACACUUCUUUGUGGCGUGCCUCCAUUUUGGGGUGAAACUGAGCAAGAAAUAUUUGAAGAGGUUUUGUAUGGUGAUCUUGACUUCUCAUCAGAUCCUUGGCCCAAAAUAUCCGAAAGUGCUAAAGACUUGGUGAAGAAAAUGCUUGUAAGAGAUCCAAGAAUGAGGCUAACUACUCAUGAAAUUCUUUGCCACCCAUGGGUGCAGGCCAAUGGAGUAGCUCCCAAUAAGCCUCUUGAUUCUGCAGUUUUAAGUCGCUUGAAACAGUUUUCGGCCAUGAACAAGCUUAAGAAAAUGGCUCUUAGGGUCAUUGCGGAAAGUCUCUCCCAAGAAGAAAUUGCAGGGUUAAAAGAAAUGUUCAAAAUGUUAGAUACGGACAGCAGUGGUCAUAUCACUUUCGAAGAACUCAAGGCUGGUCUAAAACGAUUUGGAGCUAAUCUUGAUGAGUCUGAGAUAUAUGAUUUGCUGAAGGCCGUAGAUGUUGAUAAUAGUGGUACAAUUGACUAUGGCGAGUUCAUUGCUGCAACUUUGCAUCUGAACAAAAUCGAGAAGGAAGAUCAUUUAUUUACUGCUUUUUCGUACUUCGACAAAGAUAAAAGUGGUUACAUUACACGAGAUGAACUUCAAAAUGCCUGUGAAGAGUUCGGGAUGGAUGAUGUUCACUUGGAAGAAAUGAUUCAAGAAGCUGAUCAAAACAAUGAUGGAAGGAUAGAUUACAAUGAAUUUGUGGCUAUGAUGCAUAAAGGGGAUACAGAUUUGGGUAAGAAAAAUUUACAGAACAAUACUAUUAAUAUUGGAUUUAGGGAGGCAAUGCGUAUCUAUUGA